AUGUAUCUUCAUGAAGAUUCUCGCCUGAGAAUUGUUCACAGGGAUCUGAAAGCAAGCAACAUUUUAUUAGAUACAGACAUGAACCCCAUGAUCUCAGAUUUUGGCACUGCGAAGAUCUUUGAUGCAGACCAAACACAAACCGAUACACUUGAGGUUAUGGGAACUCGUGGAUAUAUGGCACCUGAGUAUCUUCUUGAAGGAAGGGUGUUAGUAAAGAUAGAUGUUUACAGCUUUGGUAUUUUGCUGCUGGAGAUGAUAAGGGGAAAGAACAAUUUCUCCUUAAUCCAACAAGAGACUGAUGAAAAUCUAUUAAAUUAUGUAUGGAGACUUUGGGGGGAAGACAAGGCUCUGCAAGUUGUGGAUCACAUAUUGGAAGGAACAUGUGACAACGAUGAGAUAUUAAGAUGCAUCCAUAUUGGCCUGCUAUGUGUUCAAGAAGAUGCAUCAAGCAGGCCCAAAAUAUCCAAGGUUGUUCCGGUCCUUGAAAACGGCUCCUUGAUCUUUCCAUCCCAUUUGCCUCCUGCCCCCUCUACCUGGAAAAUCAGAAACCUUUCUUUGGGAGCACAAACGAGCUCAACUAUAUCAGGUACUGGUUCAGAGCUUGGUUCACGUCCUUACUGA